GCAGAACCCAGAAAAUAGACCAUCAACGAACAAAAAGCAGCGUCUUCUCCAAAUGUGCUACCCAGAAAGCAUGGAGGAGAUCUGGGCGAAGGGGACUGCGCUGGUGACACCCAGAUCAAGACAGAGACAGAUUCGAAGGGCGGAUGUUCGAAGAGCAAAGGAAGAUAAGGAGGUGAGCCGGAUGAUGAGGGUGGGUAAGAGGUUGGGGACCCAAUUUGAAGAUAAUGAUGAGGAAUUACAAUCUAGGUUGAUGGAGGCAGAGGAUCGAGAAAGGGCAGGGAGGAGAGACGGGUUGGGGAGGAAGGAAGUAGGAAAGCUGACAAGAGAGGAAAGGCCGGACUUCCUAUUCUUGCAGGAAACGAAGUUAGAGAGGAUUGAUGUGGGCAUUUGCAAGUUGGUAUGGAACUCUGAUGAGUUCGAAUGGGUUGCGAAGGCAUCCGCUGGAGCAUCAGGGGGUCUGCUAUGUUUAUGGGAUAGAAGGAAUUUUGUUAAGCGUGAAGAGUUUUCAGGGGAUGGACAGAAUAGGGUUAAGCUGUGGGAGGAGCUGAGGAUGAGGAUGAUACACAAAGAAGGGUGGUGGCUGAUUGCAGGGGAUUUUAAUGCUGUCAGAGGGCCUGAGGAGAGGCGAGGGAAAACAGGGGUGUGUUCAGGUAUGAGGGAUUUUGAGGAGUUCAUCGUAACAAGCCUGGUGGAUGUUAAAUUGACAAAUAGACGAUAUACUUGGUAUAAACCAGAUGGAACAGCAAGAAGCAGACUAGACAGAUUCUUGAUGAGUUCUGAGAUGUAUAAUAGUGGAGGAGAAUGGAUACAGCAGGGGCUGCCAAGAAACAUUUAUGAUCAUUGUGCAAUGGUGUUGAAGUCUAAACAAACAGACUGGGGACCAAGGCCUUUUAGAGUCUUAGAUGCAUGGCAACAACAUCCUGGAUUCAAGAAGGUAGUAGAAGAUAAGUGGAGAGAGAUGGUAGUGGAGGGUUUUGCAGGGUACAAAUGUAAACAAAAGUUAAAGCUGUUGAAAGAGUUCUUAAAAGGUUGGAACAAGGAUGUAUUCGGAAAUAUGGAAGCCCAGUAUGCACAGGCUGUUAAAAAAAUAGAGCAGGUUGAUAUGCAGAAUGAAGUAGCGGAUCUGGAGGAAUUAGAAAUUGUUAAAAGGCAAGAAGGUUUCUCUGAGAUGUGGGAUGUUUUGCGAAGAAGGAAACUAAUCUGGAAGCAGAAGUCAAGGAGCAGAUGGAUAAGAGAGGGCGACGCGAAUACCCGUUUCUUCCAUAAAGUGGCUAACGGGAGAAGGGCACAAAAUAAUAUUGCUGGCUUAAUGCGUGAAGGGGAGUGGAUUGAAGAUCCAGAAACAGUCAAAGACGAAAUUGUCAAAUAUUUCAGGAAUUUGUUCAAAGGCGACCCAUGGAACAGACCCAAGCCCGAGGGUAUCAAAUUUCAAAAGAUCUCAGAGGCGAAAAAAGAAUGGCUAGAAAGACCUUUUUCGAUUGAAGAAAUUGAGGAAGGGUUAAGGAGCUGUGACGGUUCAAAGGCUCCGGGACCGGAUGGGUACAACUUCAAUUUUCUUAAAUUUGCGUGGCAAUGCAUUAAGGAAGACUUCAUUAGUUUCUUCUCGGAAUUCCACCGGAAUGGAAAAUUGGUGAGGGGUCUAAACUCUUCUUUUUUGGCUUUGGUCCCUAAAAAAUUGAAUGCUGCAAAUUUAAAGGAGUAUAGACCAAUUAGCUUGUUAGGAUGUGUUUAUAAGCUAUUAGCAAAAGUAUUGGCUAAUAGAUUGAAAUCGGUGAUGCCAGCAAUAGUGAGUGAAACCCAAUCCGCUUUUGUGGGGGGACGCCAAUUGGUUGAUAGUGUAUUGGUGUUGAAUGAAGUAGUAGAGGAGAUAAAGAACAGGAAACAGCCAGCUUUUGUCUUCAAGGCAGAUUUUGAAAAGGCAUAUGACUGCGUGGAUUGGUCAUUUUUGGACUGGAUGAUGGAUACUUUUGGGUUUGGAACAAAGUGGAGAGGAUGGAUUAAGGAGUGCCUUUCAACGGCGAGAACUUCGGUUUUGGUAAAUGGAAGCCCGACAAGGGAAUUUGAGGUAGGUAAAGGAUUACGUCAAGGGGAUCCUUUAUCUCCUUUUCUUUUCUUGAUGAUCGGUGAGGGGUUACAAGGCUUGGUACAGAAGGCAGUGGCGGAAGGAAUGCUUCAUGGAAUCGAGAUUGGAAAGAAAGGGAUGACCAUGUCUUUACUUCAGUUCGCCGAUGACACAAUAAUUAUGGGCAGAGCGGAUGCGGAGAAUAUUCGAAUGGUGAAGGAUGUUUUAAGAUGGUUCGAACUUAUGUCCGGUUUGCGGAUAAAUUUUAACAAAAGCAGUAUCUAUGGAUAUAAUGUGUCGGAGGGAUGGUUAAAGGGAUCUGCUGGUACGCUACGAUGUGGAGUAGGUCAAACACCUUUUCUUUAUUUGGGAUUGCCCAUAGGCAGUAAAUCCGAAAGAAAGAAGGUGUGGGAGCCGGUGGUGAAUAAAUUUCGUGCAAAGCUGGCUGGAUGGAAGGCUUCAACUCUUUCCUUUGGAGGUCGCCUAACCUUACUGAAAUCGGUGAAGGGAGGCUUAGGGGUGCCAGAUAUGCGUAGGAAAAAUUGGGCUUUGUUAGGAAAGUGGUGGUAUAGAUUCGGUGAUGGGGUUGAGAACUUAUGGAAAAGGGUGGUGAGGGAGAAAUAUUAUGGAGGAAGGAGUGAGGUCGAUAUUACAACGAUUGAAGGCCCGAGGGUGUCAAAGCUGUGGAGGGAUAUUAUUAGAAUGGGGGGUCAAUCUUCGAGACUAAAGAAUAUGCUAGUGGAGGGAUUCAAGUGGGAAGUGGGUGAAGGAAAUAAGGUGGAUUUUUGGCUAGAGAGGUGGGUCGGAGAAAAAACGCUUAGGGACUUAUGUCCAAGAUUAUAUGCUCUAUCGGUUAAGAAGGAAGGAAAGGUUAAUGAAAUGGGAAGUUGGAACGAGGGUAGAUGGUGUUGGCGUGUUGAGUGGAGGAGAGGUACCAUAGGACGUGAGAAGGAUGAGGAGGUGGUGCUGGAGAGGGCGCUGGAGGGUGUUCAAGUGAAGGAGGGGGUUGGGGAUGUUUGGAAGUGGAGGCAUUCGAUGGAUGGCAGAUAUGUUGUAAAGAUAGCCUACGACUAUCUAGAUUCUAUGGAAGGAGUAUUGGAGGAACAGAGGAAAAAUUAAUAUGGCCGUUUAAGUUUACUGGAACAGAUUUUAUGUUUCUUGAAUGUAGUAGGUAAACUGGGUUGUGUUCCUUGAUUUCUCCGGACUGUACUCUGUUUUUGGGAGUAUUUCUUAUGCUCCUUCUUUAAUAUAUAUAGUAUGUUUGCUUGGCUGAUAAAAAAAAAAGCUUUUUGUACUCCAUAAUAUUAUAAAAGUAUUGUUGUUUC